AUGGAUUUUUGUGUAGACAGAGGCAACGUGUUUAAUUUCGUAGGCAGAGCUCAGGAGGAACUUCCCGGGGAGUCGGUAUUCCGUUUCGAGGAAGGAGCUGUAGGAGAAGAAAAAAACGAUUCAACAGCAGAAACUCAACAUGAGAACCGUUCUUUUACUGAUGUUCUGUGUCGCCGUCUGUGUAUCUUAUGCACCAAGGGAAUAUGA